GAUGAGCGGUCGCUCGCUUGGGCGUACGAACGUUGUCGUACUUUUAAUUCGUACGUGUACAAGCUUCGAUUAAACGAAACGUUCAAGUUCAACGUUUUUCGGACUACUUAGUUAGUACUCGUUGAAAUAUUUACUGCGUGUGUAUAUUUCUCGCUUCUCAACGUACACGCUGCCUGAGCCAGAGCCAGACUUGCGUCAAAACGUGUAUUAUUGUGCAACGUGCGUUCACAUUGAAAUGUAAUAAGAUCAAGAAACAAUGUUGCCGAAGUAAUCACGAUCAAAUGUAGAAGGAAUAAAGAAGUAUUUGCAUACAUUGAACAGAGUACCGUAUAUAAUGAACCGGUGUAUGUGUUAACGUGAGUGCAUUCAUUCAAUUCUUUGAAACAAAGUACGAAACAAAACUUGAUGAUUCGUUCAACAUUCGAGAAAAGGAAAGGUUCAAGAGAAGGGGAAGGAUAGAUGGUGCGUAUUUACCCAGUGAAUCACGCGUUUCAUGCGAUUAUGAGACGCGGUUGGUAGUUUAGGCCAUCUAUGUUUACACGAACGUUUUUAAAUAUGUUCGUAAACAUCAACGUGCACGAAGAGUCAGAGAAACGCUAAGCACACUGAUCGAACAGUUUUAAUUACCUGUCUAACUGUGCCAAAUAAGUGUUUUGUUAAAAAAAAUAGAAUUUGAAAACGUUGUACGUGUAGUGAAGAGCAUUUGUGUGUAUCUUCGAAAAGAAGAGACAGAGUGAGAGAGAGUCAUAACACGUUGAUCGAGAGCGGUUUUAUUGUAGCCUCUACUCGCUCGUAUCACAGACGUGGAGGUGUAAACACGACGUUCGUGCCAUUGUCCUUUUGUUCUCGUACCCGGCAAACGGGGGAAAGUACGCCAUGCCGAGCGCCGAAGAAACAACAUACUUAUUUGAAGUAGUGCCUAACACGAAGCAGGAUUUCCUCUCUCGCGACGUGGACCUCCUUGUAUCACAGAUAAAAGAGAAUCUUCGAUUGUCCAGCUUGAAAGCUAAGUCGAGUAUCAGUUACAAAAAUCGACCCUCACCUUAUCAAAUACCAUCGAGAUCGUGGGCAGAUCCAAACAGUUGUGAAGUAUGUGGCACGAAGAAUGCCGGAACUCACGAUCAUCGUCAUCACAUAAGUCAUCAUCAUAAAAGAUCCACUUCUACGGAAGACGAUCCUUACGAGCUUUUACAGGAAUUGCUCAGAGAAGGUGGUUUAAUAAAAGAGGCUGUGAAGAGACUUCAAGCGAAUCUCGACAAAUUGGAUAUGUCUGAAGAGGAGGAAAAUGAUCAACGGUCUGUGGUAUACAGAAGAAAACCGUAUUUUUACGACUCUGAAGAUGAACAAUUACCGCCGGUAUACGAACCACUCGAGCUGUGAAAUUAAAUUAUUUUGUGGGUUUCGUCCGUGUUAAAUUUGAAGGAGAAAUUUUUAGUAUGGAUCAGGGUCAAAACUUUCGGUGUUCCUUUAACGGCCGUUCUUUUCCUCAUUUACUUUCGAUGUGCGUGUGAAAAAUGUCGUUAAGCGAGAAUAUUUGUCUCGAGCACCGUAGGUCACAUCGAAAGAAAGUACAACGAGGUAAACGUAAUUAACCAAGAACCCGCCUUACAUGGCCGUGUUUGUAAAUAUGGUAUGUUGUUAUUCAAAGCAGUUUCACACAUGGCUUCGUGCAACUUCGGCAAAGAUCGCCACUAUAUCGACAAUCCACGAAGCUUACGUGGAAGACAUGGCUGCCUCGAUUCAAGCUCUUGACUCGAUUUACAUGACAACAUUCAUCGUUUUUUUAACUACCGGUUCAACUCUCUUUUAAUAAAAAACAGUUCCUGAGUGCUAUUCGCGUCCAGGGUAACAGAAGUGCAACUCACAUCAAUGACAUUACAAAGUCGCUUGUAUGAUUUAUUUAUUAUUACUUUUCAAUUAACGAGUUUGCAAUUUUUUUAUUUAUUUUCUCUAUUUUAACGUUUUUCUGGAAGUUGUAUAAAUAAUUUGAAAACACACAUAGUGUAAUAUAAAAAAGACGUUUAAAAAAAAGACGACGGUAUCUAUUAUGACUUGACGUAAACGACGAUAUAAUCAAGUAGCUCUACACCUUUGCAAGCUCAUCUGUUACCUCUGUUAUAUGAUUAGAACUCUUGUAAUAGCGCGAAAUACGAAAAAAGAGCACGUGUAUGAACGAGAAGUAUCCUAUAGGAUAUUAGUUGAACAAUUUCGCUCGAUCGAUUCGGGAUAAUAUGGUCCAGUUACUAGUAGAGAAAUAAUAAAUCGUCUAAUAAGGAGAAGUUAAAGUUUGGGGGAACGCGUGUUGGACGAAAUUGGGUUUGAAAUAUAAACAACGAGUAUGUAACAAAUCAAUUAUUAACUUUUUAAUUUUGAGUAAAGAAAAAUUGGUUUGAAAAUUGUAAUUUUUAAAUUGCAAG